GUGAGUGUCUGUAAGGUAAUUUCUCCUCUCAGUGUUAUAUAUAAACUCAAGCUUUUAGGCAACAAUUCUGGAUUUGAAAUGGCAUUUACUUUAUCUGGAACUCUAGCUGAUUUUUCUGAAGUAACUUAUAAUGCUGAUUAUGAAACAUUAUACUCACCUGAAAAUAUACCAUGGUUUGCAUGCAAAGGAAGUAAUUCUUACAGUUACUUAACCAGUGGCUACUUUCAGAGACUUUUAAAUCAACAAUUACACAUACCUAAAGAAACUACAGUUAUUUUGUUUGGUAAAUGCUUUACAGCUCAGUGUACUAUGUGGGUUAACAUGCAUCACAUAUUUGCAGAAAUAAAAAGAACAUUUUUUAUAAUUAAAGAUAUGGCCUUAGAAAAUUCAAACUUUUCACAAAAUAUUAAGGAUAUUGAAUGCUUACGAAAAAAUGUAUGCAAGUCCCUCAUUUACAUACAAACAAAUAUCCAACUUUUAAAUGAAAAAUUCUGCAACGGAACUCGUGAAAUCUUGACAGAAUCCUCUCAUAUACCAAGCUUUCUUGUAAAAUUAUUGAAAGAACUUAAAGGCUUACUGUUAUUUGUUGGUCGUAUAGGCAAUAUAGCUAAUUUAAAUCAGAUUGGGGAUUUUAAUUCUGACAUUAGUAAAAGUGCUUUUUAUUAUUAUCAUUAUUUUCAUUUAUGCUUAGAUAUAUGGUGGAAUACUCUUGCAAUUCUCUUGCUAAUCAGUGAAGUGUUCCCGCCGAAAAUGAGUCAAACUGAAAUAUUUUGUAAUGAUCUAGAUGAAUUAAAUCCAUUUAUUCAAGUAUCAAUGAUGAUCGUGAGUGAUUUCUUAUGCAAAGCUGUUAGUAUUUACCGAAAUAGUUCUAGCAUCAGUAACUCGCCAUUCAUGUGUAAAUGUGUUGAAGAGUUCUGGCUCAUGUUAAUUUAUAUACUGGAUAAAAAUUAUAUAAUUCUGGAUGGGAAUAAAUUUUGGAAUGUUUAUUUAAAUGCUAUUCAAAGACUGUUUAAAACCAACUCCACUGAGUCUUCAAAUGAUAAUUUAUCAAUCGAUAUAUUUUAUCUGAACAGCAAGCAAGUUAAUUUUGAUGACAUUUUAGAGCCUUUCUUAUGGCUCACAACUUAUAUUGCAUCUCUUUACAAAUAUGAUGCAUAUGGAAAAUUAUGUGAAGAUAAAAGACCAAAAAGUGGAUAUAUAGUAACCAAGUUUAUAAUGCAGAAUUUGCUUUCAAAUGGCUCAACUAUCAGUGAAAAAUCAUUACGUUCUUUGCUGUCUUACUGUAUUAAAUUAGUUUUAUUAUGGGAGCCUACAGGAGACAUCUUGUUGCCAUUAACUGACUUCUAUAUUAGAAAAUUUGAUGAAAUAUUCUGUCUUUCUGGAGUUGAAGUGAAAGAUCUUUCCUAUUUGUUCCAGAGUUCAUCCUCUUGGUUUGAAUUUAUAAUUAAUCUUGACUGUGCUAAUUCUUCAACAGGAAAUGAAAAUAGUUAUGCCCUGUAUUUAAAAAUACUAAGCAUACUUCUUAAGAGUAAUGUUCCUGACAGCAGUUUAUGGCGUUCUUUAAAAGGGCGUAUCUAUAGCAAAUUUUUUCCAAAAAAAAUAAGAGAUUUAUCUGAAGUUGGAUUACAGAACAGUUUUACUCUGCUUCUUGCAGUGGCUGCAGCUGGGCAAAUGGAAGUGAUUUCUAAAAUAUCUGAAUUAGCUGCAAUUGUUGAAACAACUUCUAACCCUCGGAAGCAAACAGUUUCAUGGAAAGCAUUAUUUACUUUAAUAACAAUUUGUCAAAAAAAAAGUUAUGAUGUAGGAGAAUCAGUUAAAAAAAUUGCCCAGUUUUUUAAUUCUGCUUGUGAUGACUACGCUACUGUAAUUAGAGACAGCAUGCAUAAAACAAACAUCAUGAAUUUAUUACUAGUCUAUAUUGAUAAUAUGAGUGAUAUAUUUGAAAAGAGUAGUUUAAAUUUAUCUGAAUAUCAACUUAUUGGUUCUGGAUUUUCUGUACUUCUAUCAUCUUGUGGUAUAAGUGAAUUAAAUUAUAUUCUUGGUAUUUUUGUCAGCAUCGUUGAAAGAGUUAGAAAUAUUAUAGGUAAUAAUAAUAUGGAGUCUACUACAACAGAAGCACAAUAUGUGGGAUUUUUUCAAUUUAUUUUUAACAAUAUUUACCCAUUUAUUGAAAAGAUAGCUAUUACCAAUACACCUCCUCCUGUUGUUGCUGAUAUUGCUGCCACAUUAACAAGUUCAGUGUGCAAAUAUUCUUCAGUAUUAGCAAACUGUAUUUCUCAUAAUACUCUCAGCAUCUUUUAUUGUUUUGGAAGUAGAGAGAAUAUAAAUAAUUCAAUAAAGUGUCGCUACUUAUGUUUUAUUUUAGAUGAUUUAAAUUUGGUAAAUGAAUUAAAGUCAAAAUUACCUGAUUUUAAUAUCAUAGUUUUUCAGUCAUGGCUGAAAUGUGUAAUUUAUACGCAAUCACCCAGUGAUAGUAUGCAAGAAUUGACAACCAAAACAUUACAACAAAAUGAAAUUUUAAACUGUUUUCCUUUAACAAAAAAUUUAAUGUUUGGAAUAGCCGAUCAUAUUUAUCUAUCUAUCAGAUUUUUUCGUACAAUUGGUGAGACAUAUGAUAAAUGUCAAAGUUUCCAUGAAAAAAGUCUUUUGAAGAAUAAGGUACAGCAUUAUUUUAAAAACUUUGUUCCUUGCAUUGCUGCAAGAAUAAAGCAUGAAUGUAACACUCAAGUUUUAGAUCAUAUUUAUCAACUUGCAUCACAUUUAGUUGAAUAUUGUUCUCCUGUUUUACAUACAUCUGGUGGUGAAAGUAUCCUCGCUCAGCUUCUAGACAGAAGUGUUUUUCCACACACAAUAUUUCCUAAAGAUAAAACCCUUCAGUCAAUUUUAUCUUGUUCAAUUAAAGAAUAUUUACCAAGUUAUUUCAGAGGUCUCUUUAAAUUAGACUACAGGAAUGAUAAGUGCAUUGAAAGAGAAAUAAAGGAUUUACUUGUUCAUUACACUGGUUUAUAUCCAGCCAUAAAUAAUCCAAUAACAAAGCUCUGUAUGAAUACAAUUUUGCAAAAUCCAGAAGGCCUCAGUCUGGAUGCAUUUCAUUUUAUUUUAGAUCUCAUGAGAGUAUAUAUACUUUCAAAAAAGACACCAAAUACUUUAAAUGGAUUUGAAGUAUGCUAUGAAAUAUUUAAAAUUACUCCUUCCAUCCACAGAAAAGAAAUAGUUACUGUCAUUCUUAAAAAUGCAAUGGAACUUUAUAUGAAACAUAAUGAUUCUUUAAGUGAAUAUCUGUGGAAAUUAAUGAGAAAAAUAUUUGCAUGCUUCAAAGAAAACCUGGAUUUAACUUAUGUCAAAAGCCUAUUAAUACCAAUUCUUGAGUGGUUUAUUCUCGAAAAGCUUCAAUGGUCUACAGCUAGAGGAUUUAGUGUAUUGGACAAUAUCACUGAAUUUUUACCUGAAGUGAUAUCUGACAUUGUACCUUUCCUUUCUAAAUCAAUUGAAGUGCUGGAAAAAAAUAGAGGAUUAGGGGAAGAUAUGUUACUGCGCGGUGGUUUGAGGAAUACCAUUGCAAAACUGCAGAAAAGACUUAAUAACUGAUUUAAAUAAACAGCUUAGUCCCUUAUCUACAGUAAUUUUGUAAAAUUAUUUAAAUGUACAUAUAUAAAUAUAAAGCGAUGCUAUAGAAUCAUUACAUGUUACAUAAUUAGAGAUAAAGUGUGAAUAUUUGUUAAGCUAUUUGACUGCUUAAAAAUAUUUUGUUAUGAAUUUAUGUGUAUAUUCAUAAGUUCUUCAAACACAUGUUUUAAUAUUUUAGUAAUUGGUAUUUUUAAUAUGAUAAAGAUAUUUUUAAAUCAUAUAGUUAUGAUCUUGUUUUAUACUUCAAUCUUAAUUGUACAGUAUUAUAAAACUUUCUUUUCAAUAAAGAAAUUAUCAAA